AUGUCAGACCAAGAAGUUUUAGUUCUCAGAGGUACUUUAGAAGGCCACAACGGCUGGGUUACUUCCUUAGCCACCACCCCACUCCACCCAGACUUGUUGUUGUCCGGUUCAAGAGACAAGACUUUGAUCAAGUGGGAAUUGACCGGUGGUGAAGACAACCAGUACGGUGUACCAAAGAAGUCCUUCACUGGCCACUCGCACAUUGUUCAGGACGUCACCAUUGCUGCUGAUGGUGCUUACGCUUUGAGUGCCUCAUGGGACAAGACCUUGAGAUUGUGGGACUUGGAAUCUGGUGCCUCCACUAGAUUCGUUGGCCACAAGGGCGAUGUCUUGAGUGUUUCCAUUUCUAAGAACUUGAGACAGAUUGUCUCUGCUUCUAGAGACAAGACUAUCAAGGUUUGGAACACCGUUGGUGAAUGUAUGGCUACUUUGACUGGCCACAAUGACUGGGUCUCCACCGUUAGAAUCUCGCCAGCCCUGGACAACUCCACUGUCAUUUCUGCUUCUUGGGACAAGACUGUUAAGGUAUGUGACACUAGCCCGACAGCUAUUCAGCUUUUCAACUAUUCAGUUCCUUUUUGGGUUCCUUUCCGGCUUCUAUAUUUCUUUUUUUUUUUUUUGAGUGAUGAUUUGAUUAUAUUUGCUACUUCAGACGGGAGGUGGCCAUUCAUCUCCCGAAUGAGACAUUUUAUUUAUCACCAAGAUCUCUGAUUCCAAAAAGAAAACAAAAAAGAAAAUAUAGAAGAGGGUUGGGGAACCGGAAAAGACAUUAGCAAUUUCUGUUCUUUGUUUUUUACUAACUUGUUUGAAUUACUUUUAGUCAUGGGACUUGAGGGAUUACUCAACCAACGCUGACUUUAUCGGCCACACUGGUUACAUUUCAUGUAUCACUUUGUCACCAGAUGGAUCCUUGUGUGCCUCUGCCGGUAAGGACGGUGUCAUCAUCUUGUGGGACUUGAACUCCAACAAGACUCUCUACACCUUGGACGCCAAGGCUGAAGUCCACGCUUUGGCCUUCUCUCCAAACAGAUACUGGUUGGCUGCUGCUACUACUUCGGGAAUCAAGAUUUUCAAAUUGCGUGAAAGAGAAUUGUUGGAUGAGUUGAAGCCUGAAUUUGCUAUUGGUGCCAAUGCCAAGGACCCCGAAGCUAUCUCAUUGGCCUGGUCUGCUGAUGGCCAAAACUUGUUUGCUGGUUACACCGAUAACGUCAUUAGAGUAUGGCAAGUUAUGACUCCUUCUGCUUAA